AUGGCGAAGUCUUGCACCUUACUGAUAUUCGGCGCACUAGUCGUGCUCUUGCUUCUAGUGAGCCCCAUUGCUUGCUCCCGCAAGCUCGCCAAGCCAAACAAGCACAGGCCGAGACACAAGCCGGCAGUCAGGGCCCGCAGCAACUACACUGGCACCCCCUCGGUGUCCGACGCCUACGGCUCCGGCGGCUGGUUGUCCGCCGGCGCGACGUACUACGGCGCACCCGACGGCGACGGCAGUGACGGCGGCGCGUGCGGCUACCAGACCGCCGUCGGGCAGCGUCCCUUCUCGUCGAUGAUCGCCGCCGGUAGCCCGUCGCUGUUCAAGGGAGGCAAGGGCUGUGGCGCUUGCUACGAGGUUAAAUGCGACGGCAACGCGGCAUGCUCCGGCCAGCCGGCGACCGUGGUCAUCACCGACGAGUGCCCCGGCGGCGUCUGCCUUGCCGAGGCGGCCCACUUCGACAUGAGCGGCACCUCCAUGGGCGCCAUGGCCAAGCCCGGCAUGGCCGACAGGCUUCGCGCCGCCGGUAUUCUAAAGGUCCAGUACAAGAGGGUGCCGUGCAAGUACAGCGGCCUAAACAUCGCCUUCAGGGUGGACCAGGGUUCCAACCCGUUCUACUUCGAGGUGCUGGUCGAGUUCGAGGACGGCGACGGCGACCUCAGCGCCGUCGACCUGAUGGAGGCGGGGUGCGGAACCUGGACGCCGAUGGUGCAGAACUGGGGCGCGCUGUGGCGCUACAACUCCAACACCGGCAAGGCGCUGAGGGCGCCCUUCUCGCUCCGGCUCACCUCCGACUCCGGCAAGGUGCUCGUCGCCAACAACGUCAUCCCCGCCGGCUGGAACCCCGGAGCCACGUACCGCUCCUUGGUGAACUACUCCUAA